GGUCGUUCUAAUUUCAGUCUUUCACUCGAACGUCCAAGUUUCCCUUUCCGCCACAAGGCUUCUUAUUUCCGCAAGCAAGUUGCCGCGGGGAAGCUACCAUGUCAGCUGCCACGACCCAGCAGCAGAACUCAAAGCCGUUGAUACCCGAAAAAUACCUAGAUGUACCGUCCCAGAGACUGUACUACCUGAGCUUGGGUCUUUUUUGUCAGGCCGCGAAAGCCUUGGACUUUUUUCGCUCACUCGCAUCCUCAAACACCUCGUUGCAUUUGUGCCAGAAAUGGCUUCUCGUCGACUUCGUGUAUUGCAUCCUUCUCUCCGUUCUACGGAUACCUAGGCUUAACUAUGGGAAAUCAGUAGUGGUCCUGCAGGUCAUACUUCUGUGGUUUACGGACGGGCUUCUGUUUGGUGGAAUUAGAUUGAACAUCGGUGAAGGGCAUUUGAAUUCAUUUACACGGCCUGCAGGCCGUGUGGAAUGGGCAAUGACACCUCAAUCUUCUCGUUUAUAUGAUUUUGUGGCACCGUUUACCUUUGGCCUUCUUUCGACAGAACAAGCGGGUUCUGGCGAUUCCCACCUCCUUGGACAACACACAGUACGGAUGUCUCCAAUAAGCACCGCUCAACUCAAUGCGAAUGGGAUGUCUUUCUGCCUACCUACACCAGAAUCAACUGUUCUGAUUCCCAUUCUAUUCAAUAACACCAAUCCUAUUCACCUCUCUUAUUCUAUAAUACCACUGGGUCACCAUGGUCAUGUUGAACGUGUCGAACUCAACGGCAAAGACCUCAAAGCAAUAGAACAAGCUCGCAUGGAUACGCUAAAAUUGGCGCGCGUCACGGCUUCUAAUGGGGAAGAAGACGACUUUGACGAAUAUGACGACGAGGAGGCAUCGUCUUCCGAUGACAUAACCCAUUCCAGCCUUCAAAAAUCCCAGUCCAUCCACCACAUCAGACUCUCUAAGCCGGCUAUCGUCCGUCUAGAACGAGUCGUCGACAUCUCAAAUGUGGAGGCGCGGCUAGUGAUUCCCUCAGAGGCACUUGUUGUGCCAUGUCCCACAGUAGAGUUUGUUUCCGAAAACCAAGUUUCGGACGAUAUACGCUGCAUGGGUCAGGAUCCAGAUGUUCAGCUAAUGAUGGAUAUUAGUGGCGUGCCUCCAUUGAGCCUAAGAUGGUCUAGAGCAAUCAAUGGAAAAAAGGAAUCUUUCCUUGUAGAGGGGAUAGAAGGAGACUCGGAGAGGCAUCCACAGAAUACGCAGGAUGACGCGCAAACCAAUAUUCACAUCAAAACAACUCGAUCGAUAGCUGCCCCAGAAAAGCUUCGGGUACCUCUAACAGUCUCGUUGGCUGCUCCAGGAGCUCAUGUUUACGCUUUGGAAGAGGUCAUGGAUGCUAUCGGAAAUGUGAUACUUCUUUCGCCUGAUGGACGGGCUGAAACCGAGCGUAGAACAAUUCAAUCAUUCCGAGUUCUACAGCGUCCAUCCAUUUCUUUCAAGCACUGUAGUCCUGGAAACCCUACACCUCUCCUCAUAGGUGCGGAAGCUCGUUUGGUUGUGACUGCCAAUGAAGCCGACUCUCUUGACGGGCCUUGGUCCGUGGAACUCAAGUACAGGCCCACCGUUGACAGAGAGAAUGAAAAGUACAAGAAAUACAAACCUUGGAGGAAAACGCUUACUACGGAACCGGGUAAGCGUGACAUAACUCUCAUAGCUAGUUCCCCCGGAGAGUAUACGAUUGCCAGUGUUCGAGGCAAGUGGUGCGAUGGAGACGUUCUCGCACCUGAAUCCUGUACCGUCGUAGAAAAGCCAAAACCAACUGCCGAAAUCGCCUGGAAAAAGAUACACGAGUGCUCCGGUGAUACUGGUGUCUCCGCUUCGCUUGUCCUCCACGGUGCACCUCCCUUCUAUGUCUAUUACCAGAUACAAAAAGACUCGGAACCUGCGAUCGAAAGGUCGAAAACGUUCCCUACUUCACGGGGAGAAUUCACUCUUCAACCCGAGCACAGCGGGCAUUAUACAUUCACUUUUACAAAAAUCAGCGAUGCUAAUUACAAAAAAGUCGAUCUGAAUGGCCCAACUAUCGACCAAAUCGUCCAUCCUCCGGCGUCCGCAGACUUCAUCACACGUGGCGACGCUGGCGGAAGGCAAAAGAAGGCCAUUAGCAGCUGCGAAGGUAAUCUGGUAGAUGUCGAUGUCGAACUGCGGGGAUCUGGACCUUGGAACCUUGAAGUGCAAGUUGUCGGCCCGACAAGUUCAGAGACAAUCCGGAUUCCUGGAAUCGAAUCGGCACGGAAGACACUACAGAUUCCCAUCCCGUUCCCGAUCGAUAAAGAAGGUGGUAACUUUGAUAUUGACUUGAUCAGCGUUGAAGAUAAGUAUGGAUGCAAACGAACAAUUUCUUCCCCCGGAAUUUCUGUGAAAGUUCGACGGUUGAAGCCAACCGUUAAAUUCUAUGGUGCGGAUGGUAAACGUGAAAUCACGGUUCUCGAGAACAAACCUGCCAGACUUCCACUGAGGCUGACUGGUGAAGGGGAUUGGAAAGUCAAAUAUCGACAUGUGGUGGACGGUCAAAGAAGAAUCUCCACAGCAAGUCUCAGAACACCAAAUGACUUCCUCCAUGUCACCGAUACCGGAGAGUACGAACUGCUGGAGGUCUCGGAUGCCCAAUGCCCCGGAACAGUGGUGACUGACGCUUCGACGUAUAGAGUCGACUGGGUUCCCAGACCAGCAGCACAACUCUCAUCUCAUACUGCGGCCGCCUACGAGCCGUUCAAUCGCUCUUAUAUCCUCCCUCCUAUAUGCGAAGGACGGGAUGACCACGUUGACUUGGAUCUUACGGGUCGACCUCCUUUCCAAAUCAUGUAUAACAUUGCCCAGAACAGCGAGAACGGUGGCAUCAAAUUAGUCGAUCAGCCUGUGUUUAACAGCAUACAGCAUCGUACCAGGUUGCAACUUCUUACUUCCAAUCCUGGUCGGGUGUACUACGAAGUCAAGCAGAUCGGAGACGCCGCAUAUCCCCUUGAAGAGCACAAGCAGACACUCAUACCGACAUCUGAACGCUUACUGUUCGAGCAACAAGUGUCGAUGCGUCCUUCCGCCCAAUUCAGGAAUCGCAAUAGACUUUCAUAUUGCUUGAAUGAUCACUUCGUUCCCUUGGAUCGCCUAUCUCUUGACGGCGUCAUCGCCUUCUCCGGAGCACCCCCUUUCCGGCUGCAACUAUCUAUCAAGAACCUGGCUGCGAGCACAGUUGAUCAUACUCAUAUCGAAGUUCACGAGUAUUCUUGGAAGAUUGAACUGGAGUCCUAUCAAUUCCAGUCCAUUGGACCGCAUUUGGUGGUCAUUGAGUCUGUUUCAGAUGCAUCUGGCUGUCCUCAUGCUGCACUGAAUCCUAUUGCGUCUUCUAUUUGGGUCGACGUUUCCGAGACUGCUGCGAUCGUGCCAUUCGAUAGACGUGAAGAUUAUUGCGUUGGCGAUGUUGCGCAAUUCCAACUAGAAGGCACCCCGCCUUGGUCAAUUGGAUACCGCAUUAACGUCAAGUCUUACAUUCAAGAAGCCAAAGUAUCUCCCUUCGCACUACUACAGCAACAGCCCGGAGAGGUUGUUAUAACCUCAAUUGCCCACCAACAAAAAAUGUGCAAGGCAUCUAUUACUGACUUACGAUUCAAUGUUCAUCCACUUCCCUCUGCACAAGUUGGGCACGGUAACAGAAUAUAUCAAGACAUUCACGAGGGCGAUCAAGCGGAGAUUGUCUUCACACUUGUCGGAGAACCGCCGUUCACGUUCACGUACCAGCGGGCAGAAUUGACGUCCCGAAGUGGCAAACCGGGUAAAGUUCUCGAGACGCAUACUGUUUCCCGUGUGUUCUCGCACGAGUACUCGAUAUUUUCUGCAUUGGAAGGUACAUGGACUGUGACAUCUAUAUCUGACCGUUAUUGCCGCUAUCCACCAACGUCAGCGGACGCAACCGCAGACAGGUCACGGCGGUAAGACUGUCUGUUACUAAAUCUCUUUGGAACACAGCUGUAUGCGUAACCAGUCGACUAAUGAUUUUUUUUCUGUACAAUUUAAUGAUGAUCUACGUUCAGAACUACUGUAUU